UUUCCAAAAAAAAAACUUUAUACCUCUUACUUCUUGCUGUCGCCGGUUUAUUGAUGGGCCGGGUGUAAAAACAUUGCUCAGAACUGCUGUAGUGGUCGCUGUCAUCCGUCCUUGGCGUACUCGCUUGAGUGGGAGAGGGAUUUUACAGCUCGAGAGAUCUCAACUCCAACGCACAGUCAUGGUGCUUUUACAGCCAGACCCUUUUCUUAAUGAACUCACAAGCAUGUUCGAACACAGUACUGAGAAGGGAACUGUUUGGGUUACUCUCAAACGAUCAUCGUUGAAGUCUAAGGUGCAAAGAAAUAAAAUGGCAACUGCUGGUGAACCCCUUGAAUAUAGGUGUCUAAUCCGUGCAACCAAUGGCAAGAAGACAAUCUCUACUUCAGUUGGGCCGAAGGAACACCAGCGCUUUCAAGCUUCAUAUGCAACUAUUCUCAAGGCGCGCAUGACUUCUUUAAAGAAGAGGGAGAGAAAGGACAAGAAAAAGGCUGCAGGGGCUGAUAAGAAAGAAGGUGGCUCAAAGAAGCCCAAGAGAGCCUGAACUCCUGGUGGUUUUUGUUUUUUGAUCUUUACCAUUAGAAUAUAAAGAAAUUUGCUUGACUUCGAGCAUUUACUGAGUUUGAAGGAUGGGAUUCUGUUGACUACCCUUUUCUGGACGUUGUUUCAGUUAGGUCCCGUUAUUUUGUCAACAUUUAUAUGAGAAUUUUGGAAAAAUGAAUUGUAGAUAUCUUGUAUAAUAUUUGUUAACCAUAAAUAUUUCUGUAAGCUUCAACCA